AUGAGUUCACAAAGCACAGUCUUCCAGCUGAGCGGCACGUGUAACAACUACGGCUGGGGCCGCAAGGGCCGCGACUCCCUCGCCGCCCGCCUCUGCGCCAACACGCCCGGCGACUUCGAGAUCAAGGACGACGAGGCCUACUCGGAGAUGUGGUUCGGUGACUACCCCGACUUCCCCGCCCGCGUCCUCGAGACGGGCGAGCUGCUCAAGGACGUCCUUGACAAAAACAAGGAGAAGCUCCUCGGCCCAAAGGUCAUCAAGGAGCUCGACGCGCAGCUGCCCUACCUGCCCAAGAUCCUCUCCAUCGCAAAGGCCCUGCCCCUCCAGAUCCACCCCAACAAGUCGCUCGCGAGCAAGCUGCACGAGCAGGACCCCGACAACUUCACCGACCCGAACCACAAGCCCGAGAUCGCCGUCGCCCUAGGCCACUUUGAGGUGUUUGCGGGCUUCAAGCCCCUCGACCAAAUCUCCCCCGUCUUCAACAUCCCCGCCCUGCGCGACUUCAUCCCCGACGGCACCACCCGGUGGACCGACGAGACGCUGCGCGAGGUCACCCGCCGCAUCCUGCUCGCCGACGAGCCCACCGUCGAAAAGGCCUCCAAGGCGCUCGCCGACACACCCCGCGAAGAGCUCGGCGCCAACGCCUACGUCGCCGACCUGCUGCCCCGCCUGCAGGCGCAGUACGGCACCGGCGACCCCGGCACCCUGGUCGCACUGUUGUGCAUGAACUUCUUGUCGCUCGAGGCCGGCGACGCGCUGUACAUCCCCGCCGACGGCAUCCACGCGUACCUCGAGGGCGACAUUGUCGAGUGCAUGGCGCGCUCCAACAACGUCCUCAACACGGGCUUCUGCCCGCCCGGCGACAGGAACAACAUUGACCUGUUCAGCAAGACCCUGACCUUCAAGGCGCACAGCAAACAGGACGUGCUGCUGCCCGCCGAGAAGAGCGCGAGGGGCACCCGCGGCCGCACCGUGGUGUACGCGCCGCCGCUGAGCGAGUUCGACAUGCUCAAGACGGACCUGGACGCGACGAACGCGACCGAGGUCCUUAAGGCCGGCGAGGGGCCCGCCGUCGCCAUCGUCACGGACGGCGAGGGUGUCCUGGAGGCCGAUGGCAAGACGUUUGACGUCAAGGCCGGCUACAUUUACUUCAUUGCUCCCGGCAUCGAGGCCAAGUGGGAGACGAAAGGCACGAUGCAGAUCUUCACGACGGUGGUGUAA